UUUAUAGAUACUGUGAAAAUGAGCGCCUACUUAUUGGCCAUGGUUGUCAGUAAAUAUGGUUAUAUUGAAGGGAAAACUAAUAGGGGAACACCGGUGAGAAUUUAUGCUGAUAAAGAAGUCGUUCAAUACGGUCAUUAUGCGUUGCAGGCUGGUAUUAAUAUAACCAAUUAUUUCGAACAAUUAAUCGGUCAACCAUACUCUCUGCCGAAAUUAGACAUGAUUGCUAUCGAUAACUUUCCUUUUAGCGCUAUGGAAAAUUGGGGAUUAAUUGUCUAUCUGCAACGUGUACUGCUAUUUAAUCCUGCUGAAGAUACUGUUUACUAUCGAGAGCGAAUCGCACGAAUUAUAAGUCAUGAAUUAGCUCAUAUGUGGUUUGGUAACUUAGUUACCUUUCAUUGGUGGAGUAAUGUCUGGCUUAAUGAGGGAUUUGCAUCAUUUUACGAAUACAUUGGAUCAAGUCAAUUUGAACCAUCAUGGGAAUUGAUGGAUUUAUUUGUAGUUCGUGAACUUCAAACUGGAUUAGCUAUCGACGCAUCCAAGUCAUCUCAUCCAAUGGAAGUAAACUUUUUCCCAAAUAAUGCUUACUUGCUUAGUUACUACAGCCCGGUUGCGUACAAUAAGGUAAAUAUUAAAAAUCAAUGA